AUGGCGUCUGUGCCGGCCUCGCCUGCUCACAGCACCUCCUCGGGCCUCUCGGGCGCGCGCUCCGGCCGCCGCACGACGUUCAACAAGAAGGCUGCCGAUGGAAGCGUCAAGCCCGUGCGCACUGUGCAGACGGUGGCGCCGCCGCUGCACGUCUCGACGAGCGAAGAUCUCGACGCCAGAGAAAUCGAGCAGCGGAUCCAGCCGCAGCGGCAGAAGAGCAGCGAGACCAACGGCGCUCAGGAGAACACGCAGCAGCAGGGAUACCUUGGAGCCGCAGUGGGUGUCGCUGUGGGCGCGGGCGCAGCUGUCGCGGGCGGUGCCGCAGCGCUAGCCGGCAAGGUGCUCGGCGGCUCGGGCGAGCAGGCCAACGGCAAGCCCGAGCGCGACGCGGACUACUCUUCCGAGGACGAGGAGUUCCACGACGCCGAGCUGGCCGACAUCGCCGAGCACGACGAGGACGACGGCCCUGCGCAUCGCUCGAACCGCGGCCGCGCCAGCAACCACAGCCAGAGCCGCUCGCGCGGACUCAGCGAGUCCACUGCCACGACGCUGGCCGGCGACAGCGAGAGCACGCGCGGCGCGCCCGCGGCUCUGCGCGGCACGGCCGGCGCCAAGCGGCGCAGCGGCUCCGAGCCGGUCGGCGGCGACGAGACGAGCACGCCCGCAGACGCCAAGGCCAAGAAGGAGACGCCCACGCACGUGCGCGAGAAGGCCGCGCGCGUCGCCAAGCUCACGUUUGACGACGUGAAGAUGGACGCCGAUGAGAUGGAGCGCGACAUCAAGGAAGCGCGCCGCGCCCUGAACCUGUUCCUGAACUCGCGCAUGCUCGAGGCCGAGGAGAUCAUGAAGAAGUACAGCGACCGCAAGCUGUACUACGCGCUCGGCGACGCGCUCAUUGCGGUGAUCAAGGGCUUCAUGACGUUCGAGCCGGAGGACCUGGCCAAGGCCAUCUCCUACUGCAAGGAUGCGCUGACGAUCGCAAACCUGCUGCGCAAGCCCGCCGGCACCGUGGCCAGCUUUGGCCGCUUUGUGCGCGGCUCUGGCGCCAGCACCGGCACGAUGGCGUCGAUGACCAAGGUGCAGCGCCAUGCUGAGCUGGUCUACGCCGAGAGCCUGCUGCUCAAGGCAAUCAUGGGCAUCCUCUACUCGGGCGACUUCUUCGCCUUCGUGUCCGAGGCGCUCAACCUGCGCAACUCGUACGGCAUCUACCGCUCGAUGUCGAAGUACGUCGAGUGGGCCGACGAGCAGGCGCAGAAGAAGGGCGGCGCCAAGCGCGACGAGGCCGUCGACGAGGACUUCCGCUCGGGCGUGUACCUCGGCAACGGCCUGAUCAGCAUGAUCCUCGGCCUGCUGCCCGGCAAGGUGCUCAAGAUCAUGGAGGUCUUCGGCUACACUGGCGACUGCGAGUGGGGCCUCAUGACGCUCGCGCGCGCUGGCGAGUGGAGCGACGACAAGAAGGAGCUGCAGCCCGCGAUGGACCAGGCCAAGGAGGGUCUGCGCCGCCAGAUUUGCGACAUGGGCAUCCUGCUCUACCACCUCGUCAUCUCCACGUUCAUCCCCGUGUCCGGCACGGACAUCGACUUUGCCGACAAGGUGCUGCACUACAACCUGGAGCGCUACCCUCAGGGUGUCUUCUUCCUCUACUUCUCUGGCCGCCUCUAUUCCACCGAAGCGCUGGCCGAGAAGGCGAUCACGCAGUACCGGGCUGCGCGCGACGUGCAGCGCGAGUACGUGCAGCUCCAGCACAUCUGCUACUGGGACAUGAGCCUGUGCCACAUGAGUCUGGCGCAGUGGAAGGAGGCCUACGACUGCUUCACGAUCCUGCUCAAGGAGUCGAACUGGUCGAAGGCCGUGUACACGUACGGCCGCGCCGUGAACCUGGCGCAGACGGGGCAGGACGACCGCGAGGCGGCGGCGCUGUUCCGCAAGGUGCCCGAGGCGAUGCAGCGCAUUGCCGGCAAGUCGAUUCCCAUGGAGAAAUACUGCGCCCGCAAGGCCAAGAAGUUCAUCAGCCAGAAGCGUCUGCUGCUGCCGGCCAUCGAGUUCUCCUACAUCUACCACUGCCUCACCAACGCGCCGCGCUACGCGCUCGCCGACGAGCAGCUCGUCGAGAUCUCGGACGCGCUGGCCGACCUGCGCGCCGUCGAGGACCCGAGCUCGUACCACUCGGGCGCCGACGAGUACUGGGACGACUACUGCCUGGCGCACUUCCUGCGCGGCGUCACGCUGCGCUACAUUGCCUACCCCGAGAAGCACGCGCGCGUCGACCCCAAGGAGAGCCCGAUUCCGGUCGAGGAGGCGGCCAAGCAGUGCCAGAUCAGCCUGCAGAACGUGAUCGACGAGGGCGACAAGAUCUCGCUGGACCACUACCUCGUCUACUUUGCGCACUACGAGCUCGGCCGUCUGUACGCCUGCCAGGGCAAGAUCGACCAGGCGCGCACCGAGUUCAACAUCAUCAUGUCGAGCAAGCACCUCGUCGCGCACAAGGGCAAAUACUCGAUGCAGAACAUGUGCAUCCUGCGCUCCAGUGAGUGGCGCAUGGAGCCCUGGUCUUACACCCUGCUGACCGCUCCCUGCGCAGACGGUGCCCUCGAGACCCUCAAGUAG